AUGCCUAAGAACAGCAAAGUAGUGAAAAGAGAACUAGAUGAUGAGGUCAUUGAGUCAGUUAAGGACCUUCUCUCUAAUGAAGACUCUUCAGAUGAUGCCUUUAAGAAGAGUGAACUUAUGGUUGAUGAUCAGGAAGAAAAAGAUGUAGAUGUUGAAGAAGGCUCAGAUGUAGAAGAUGAAAGACCUGCUUGGAACAGCAAACUCCAGUAUAUUCUGGCACAAGUUGGAUUUUCUGUGGGAUUGGGGAAUGUGUGGCGAUUCCCAUAUUUGUGUCAGAAAAAUGGCGGAGGUGCCUAUCUUGUACCAUACUUAGUCUUGCUACUGAUAAUAGGGAUUCCACUCUUUUUCUUGGAGCUUGCUGUGGGGCAGAGGAUCCGCCGAGGGAGUAUUGGUGUGUGGAAUUAUAUCAGCCCUAAACUUGGAGGAAUUGGAUUUGCAAGCUGUGUAGUGUGUUUCUUUGUAGCCCUUUACUACAAUGUCAUUAUUGGAUGGAGUCUGUUUUACUUUUCCCAGUCUUUUCAGCAUCCAUUACCAUGGGACCAGUGUCCAUUAGUUAAAAAUGCAUCUCAUACCU